AUGACAGCCAGCUCCGAAUGUCGCGUCGUUCGACGAAACGGUCCCGGAACGAAGCGAUCUGUAAGCCGAAACAGAAAGUUCAGCGUUUCGACGGAAUGUUUGAUUUCAGGAGUGGAAUGCCUGGCCGCCGAUGGCUUUCGAAGAAAUGGACAGCGCUCUUAACAUUCAGCAAUACAUUCAGCAGCUGAUAAAAACUAAUCCGGCCGAUGUGGAGGCCAUUUUGACACCGCCACUCGGUACGAUUCCGAAAUUCUGUGGAACCUCUCAAAUCAGCUAGUUUUUUGCAGAUCAAGACGAAGGAGUAUGGAAAUACGAGCAUCUUCGCCAAUUUUGCAUCGAACUCAACGGAUUGGCUCUUUUGCUUCAGGUUUCAUCGAUUUCAUCUCAGUUCUAGCAAAUUUUAAAAUUUUUUCAGCGAGAAUGUGUUCCGGAGACUUGCCAACAGAUGACCGCCACCGAGCAAUGGAUAUUCCUCUGCGCUGCUCACAAAAACCCCAAUGAGGUGGGAAAAUUCAAAAUUUGUUUCUAAACACGUGUUUUUCUUUAGUGCCCGGCGAUCGACUACACGCGUCACACGCUGGACGGCGCGGCCACGCUGCUCAACUCUAAUAAAUAUUUCCCCAGCCGUGUUAAUAUCAAGGAGAUCUCUAUUUCGAAGCUCGGAUCGGUGGCCCGUCGCGUUUACCGCAUCUUUUCGCACGCUUUCUUCCAUCACCGCAAACUGUUCGACGAGUUCGAGAGCGAGACUCAUCUCUGCAAGCGGUAAGAAUUAGAUAUCUUCUGAAACUAGUAAAAUUGGAUGUUCAGGUUCACGACGUACGUCUCCAAGUACAAUCUGAUGCAGCAGGAGCACCUGAUCGUCCCGAUCUUGCCCAACCAACAGACGGCUCAAUAA